AGUGGGAGGAAUAGUGCCCCAUCAUUGGUGUCAGUGGGAGGAAUAGUGCCCAUCAUUAGUGUCAGUGGGGGGAGGAAUAGUGCCCCAUCAUUGGUGUCAGUGGGAGGAAUAGUGCCCAUCAUUAGUGUCAGUGGGGGGAGGAAUAGUGCCCCUUCGUUGGUAUCAGUGGGGGGAGGAAUAGUGCCCCAUCGUUGGUGUCAUGGGGGGGAGGAAUAGUGCCCCAUCGUUGGUGUCAGUGGGGGGAGGAAUAGUGGCCCAUUGUUGGUGUCAGCGGGGGGAGGAAUAGUGCCCCAUCAU